AUGGCGUCACAUAAAUAUUCGCGCUCGUCCGCGUCCUCAUCAAAUUCGUCGAACGGCUCAGCGUAUCGAUUGAUUCUCGACCACGUCAUGAACUAUCCAGGAAGCUACGAGCUCCCUCUCCGGACUAUGUAUAAUUUGAAUUGCACCGCCCGGGCACAUCCGUCACAUCCAUCAAGCAAUGCCAGCACGCCCGACUGCCCUCAAGGCGCGUUUACUGACGCGCAGAGGGCACCUUCGUUUUCCGAGAACCUCAUGGCUCAGAUCAAUGCCGCAUCAAACCAACCUCUCUCAUUGCCUCCGAGCUUCAUCGUACAAUUCCUCCAACGAUGUUUCCCUCCGCAACUUCACUACGUCGACUUUCCGCAAGCAUUGACAGGUCUAGAUUAUCUCAAAGACCUGGAAACGCGUCGCCGACGUGAGAUCGCCGCGGCCAUUGAAAGGCUUGGGAUCGACAAUGAAAUGCUCUACAACGACACCGCUGGGUUGUCGAAUUCCUAUCCGGGCGUAUCGCAAUGGCUCAAAUCGAUCGAGGAGCGCGAAGCCGUUGUGGACGCCCUCUACACUCAAAUUUACAUCGGUCUUCGACGAUGGAUCCUGCUCAACGAACUCUCUCUGCUCCCAUUCAACAAGCACAACUGUGUCGCCAUGCUCAACACACUAUAUCCUCCCGUCAUUUCUGCCCCACCAUCAAAUCGCUUGACUCAGCACGUGCUCAAACAGCAGCGCGAAGGUUACUUCAAGUACAUCACCACGGUCGAGAAAUGCGGCACGGGUGUGCUCAGUGCGUUGAUCAUGCAAGGGAAAGCGCCAGAUGAUGAUAACGCCUGGCCAUCGAUCGUUCGCGUCAUGGAACACUACCUUCAGGUGGCCACAAGUAUGAUCACCGAGUGCCUCGAGGUAACGGACCGUCACGAUGUCUCGAAGUCGAAACAGGCCAAAGACGCAAAGGAACCACGACGGAGGCCCAAGGCAGAUUCCGCCGUGAGUUUAUCAGCUGGUUCUGAUCGCCGUCCAUCAACUCGUGGAUCCAUAUGGGCCUCGGAAGGGACCGAGAAAUCGUCCCGUCCAAGAAUGCCCUCCACGAGCGCUCACGGGACCGCCCUGGAGAAGAUUGCUCGUGGUCUCAUGUCAAUAGGCCGUGGCAAGACGGACGCGACUGAGAUCAUCACCAACGAUGACGAAGCGGUCCAACAAACGUCUGAAAGGCCGAACAGGAUGCUGCGUAAGAUGCGCAGCUUCGGGUCCAUGGACACACGAAGCCGUCAGACUUCCGAAACACCACAUUACGAUGCUGAAGCGAUGCGACGCCAGCGACAAAGAUACGAAGCAGGGACACCUGCAGCGUAA